AUGGCGACCACCUUCCGCCCCCGCCGCCUCUCGGCAGAAAACACGGCAGAAAACAGGGACCACGAGUUCGGCGCCCUGAAGACGCAGUGGAGCGCCGCGGCGCGCAAGAGCGCGCGCAUGCCCUUCGGCGCGCUCGACCCCAACUCCAGCGUCAGCUACCCCGGCGGCGCCGGCGUGAAGAAGGCCCGCAAGGCCGCUGUAAAGAAGCCCUUCGUCAAGCCGCCGCCGCUCGACGCGGAACUGCUGGUGGGCGCCGACCCGCUGCCCGGCCUCCGGUCGCCGGGCAAGGCGCCGCCGCGGCGCGCGUCGCUCGCGCCCGCCGCCUGCGCGCGCACGCCGAACGUCGCGCGCGCGGCGACGCCGACGCCCAGCCCGGUCGCGCCGACGCCGCUCACGGCGGCGAUGCUCGCGGCGCCGACGCCGGUGGCCGCAGCGACGCCCAAGGUCGCGAGCCCGGCGUCGUGCGUGUCGACGCCCGCCGAGGCGUCGCCGGUCGAGAAGGCGCCGUCGCCGAUCCAGCAAGCGCCGACGCCGGCGGCUCCAACGCCUGCUGCGCCGUCGCCGAUUCAGAAAGCGCCGACGCCCGCGCCAAGCCCGGUGGCCGCGCCCUCACCGAUCCGCAAGAUCGAAAAGCGCCAAUCGACGCCGAUCGAAAAGGCGCCGACGCUGUCGCCGCACAAGCCUACGGCGGCCGAGGUCGCGGCCGCCGACGCGACGCUCGCGCGCAUGGAGGCCGAGCUCGCGGCCCAGAUCCGAAAAGCGGCGUCGCCCGCGCCGCCGGCGUCGAGCCCCGUCCCGGCGGCGACGCCGCACGUCGUCACCGGACCCCAAAAACCGCGGCAGCCGCAUUCAAAAGACGCGCCCGUGGCGACGCCUCAGAAGGCCGGUUUGUUCACAGCCCCGCCGAACACGCCCGCCGACCGGUGCGACGCCGUCGUCGCGCGCACGGCGCUGCGCCACGCCGAGCUCAUGACGCGCCUGCAGCACCUGGGGAAGCGGCGCGGCGUCAAGGCGAACCCGGGCCCGCGGCCGCGGCCGCCGGGCGGGCCGACGCACAAGCCCUACGAGUUCCGGGAGAGCCGCUUCGUCAAGCCCGAGGAGGCCUCCUCGUCCAAGGUGGAGACGCCGCGCGGGCCGACGUUCGCGCCCUGGGCGCCGACGCCGCCGCCGCCCUCCGAGAAGGCGCCGCCGACGGGCUGGCGCGGCGCGUCGCCGGAUUUGAGAGUUGCGCGCGCCGAGGCGGCUCUGGAAGCCGAAGCCCUGAAGCGCGAGCACGCGGAGCAGGCGCUGGUUAAAGAAAGAGCCGCGCGCGAGGCGCUCGCAGAAGCGGCUAACAAGUGCGACGUGGCUGAAGCACGUGUUGCGGCCGAGUCCGCGCGCGCUGAUGUGGCCGAGGCGGCCUUAGCGGCAGAGAAACUCGCGCGCCAACAAGACGCGCAGCGGCCCGAGGCCGAGGCCGCGGCGACCCUCAAAGCCAAGGCGGCGACGGCGCACGCGCGCGACGACCUCGCGCAGCGCGAGGCCGACGCCCAGCACCAGCGGGAGAAGGCCGAGCUCGUCGACGAAGCUAGGAGCGCGGCGGCGCGCGCGGCGCGCGAGGCCGCGGCGAACUCCAUGGGCCGCGUGGCUGCGGCGGCGGCGGCCCACGCGGCGCGCGACGAGGCGCUGAGGGCUCUCGACGAGGAGCGGGGCCUGCGCGACGCCGAGGUCGCCGACGCGCGCAAGGCCGUCGUCGAGCGCGCGAAGAGCCAGUUCGCCGACGCGCGUGCCGAGUACGCCCGGCUCAAGGACGAGCUCGCUGCGGAGCGGGCGAAGCGCGAAUCAUUGGAGGCGAGUUCCGCGGAACGGGCGACGGAGGCUGCGGCGGCGAUCGCCGAGGCGCGGCGCGAGGCCGAGAAGGCGGCGGCGGCGGCGGCCGAGAAGUCUGCGGCCGUCGAGAGAGAGGCACAAGCGGAGCAAAUCGCGAAGCUGGAAAAGCAGCUCGCGGCGGCGCGCGACGCUGCCCGCGACGCCGAGCGCGGCACGGCGGACGCCAAGGCGACCGCGAACCUCGCGGCCAAGCGGGCCGACGCGGCGGAAGCCAAGGCCGCACGCGUCCAGGCCGAGCUUACGGAGGUGCGCGCCGUCUCCGAGGAGCUCGCGGCGCUCGCCGAGGCGCGGACGGCGAAGCGGUCCUCGCACGCGGCCUCGGACGACCUCGAAGGCCUCGUGCUCUGAUUAUUCCCCUAUUCCCCAACCGGUUGCCACAAGGGCAUGUUGUAAUGACUGACCGCCCGGA